AUGGAGGUUGAUUCAAACGGUGGUGACAAUCCUUCAGUAAAUGAGGGUGAACAAGUUGAAUAUGAUUUCCGAUCCCCUCAAAAACAAGUUGAAGAACCUAAGAAGGUUAACCUUGAGCAUAAUCAUGAUUUGAUUCCCACCGACUCCCGUCAUUUUACAAUGAAUAAGAAAAUUCGUACUCCUGUGAAGAGAAGAUUAGAAAUCAAUGAUCAAGUAGGGAUUGAGGUGUCUAGGAACUAUCAUUCAAUGGUUGUUGAAGCGGGGGGAUACGAGUCAUUGACAUUUGAUGAGCGAGAUGCAAGGAAUUACAUUAAUAGAGCUAGAAGAUUAAGGCUUGGUGAAGACACCGACACAUUUGUUUGGCUAUUCAAGUCGUGGUUAAGUUGCAUGUCGAAUAAUCCUCCAAAAACUAUCAUAACUGAUCAGUGCAGAGCUAUGCAAAAUGUUAUAGAAAUUGUCUUUCCACAGGCCCGGCAUCGAUGGUGCUUAUGGCAUGUAAUGAAGAAAAUACCGGAGAAUUUGAAAGGAUAUGCUCAGUAUGAACCCAUAAAGUUGGCUAUGCAAAAUGCAAUUUAUGAUUGUUUGACAAGAGAUGAAUUUGACGAAAAAUGGGAAGAGAUGCUUACUAAAUUCAAUCUUUAUGAUAAUGAGUGGUUGGAGGUACUAUAUCAUGAGCGGCAUCGAUGGGUUCCUGUAUAUGUUUAA